AUGGCGACAGAAAACGGAGCAGUGGAGCUGGGAAUCCAGAGCCCAUCAACAGACAAGGCACCUAAAGGUGCAGCAGGUGAAGGACCCCCAGCUGCAGAGAAAGACCCUGGUCCCCCAGACCCAGAGAAGGAUCCUGAUCCCCCAAACCCAGAGAAAGAAAUUGGUCCCCCAGACCCAAAGGAAGAACCUCAUCCACUCACCCUGAAGAAAGAUGCUGAAGCCCCAGCCACAGAGAAAGGGGGUGGUACCUUGGCCCAACCCUCAACCAGCAACCAGGACCCCAAGGGAGAAGGACACCUGGGUGGGGGGCCUGCGGAGGGCAGUGCUGGGCAGCCGGCUGCCCUGCCCCAGGAGACCGCGACAGCCGAGGUCAGUGUCAAGAAGCCCGAGGCCAAGCAGGGGACCCCAGGCAGCCAGGACAUCGGAGAACCCAAGCUGCAAAAGAAGGCAGCAGAGGGCCAAGCAGCAGCCAAGAGGGGCCCACCCGCCUUUCUGCACAGCCCCAGCUGCCCUGCUGCCAUCUCGAGCCCUGAGACGCCGCUGGCUGAGAAGCCCCCAGAUGAGGCAUCAGAACUCAUCUUUGAAGGGGUGCCCGUGACCCCAGGCCCCACGGAUUCUGAGCCAGCCAAGGUAGCAGAAGGAGAGAAGAACCUCCCAGAAGGCAGCCAGAAGGAAACAGAAGAGAAGGCUCCAGGCCAGGCUGGCCAGGCUGAGGUGCAAGGGGACACCUCGAGGGGGAUCGAGUUCCAGGCUGUUCCCUCGGAGAGAUCGGAGGUGGGACAGGCCCUCAGUCCCACAGCGAGGGAGGAGGACUGCUUCCAGAUUUUGGAUGAUUGCCCGCCACCCCCGGCCCCAUUCCCCCACCGCAUCGUGGAGCUGAGGACUGGGAACAUCAACCGUCAGUUCAGCCUGAACUCCAAGGAGGCACUGGGCGGUGGCAAGUUUGGAGAAGUCUGUACCUGCACAGAGAAAGCCACAGGCCUCAAGUUAGCAGCCAAGGUCAUCAAGAAACAGACACCCAAAGACAAGGAAAUGGUGAUGCUUGAGAUCGAGGUUAUGAACCAGCUGAACCACCGCAACCUGAUCCAGCUCUAUGCAGCCAUUGAGACCUCGCAUGAGAUCGUCCUCUUCAUGGAGUACAUCGAGGGCGGCGAGCUCUUCGAGAGGAUUGUAGACGAGGACUACCAUCUGACUGAGGUGGACACCAUGGUGUUUGUCCGGCAGAUCUGCGACGGGGUCCUCUUCAUGCACAAGAUGAGGGUUCUGCACCUGGACCUCAAGCCAGAGAACAUCCUGUGCGUCAACACCACGGGCCAUUUGGUGAAGAUCAUUGACUUCGGCCUGGCACGGAGGUAUAACCCCAACAAGAAGCUGAAAGUGAAUUUUGGGACCCCAGAAUUCCUGUCACCUGAGGUGGUGAAUUACGACCAAAUCUCCGAUAAGACAGACAUGUGGAGCCUGGGGGUCAUCACCUACAUGCUGCUGAGUGGCCUCUCCCCCUUCCUGGGAGACGAUGACACCGAGACCCUGAACAACGUUCUAUCGGGCAACUGGUACUUUGAUGAGGAGACCUUUGAGGCUGUGUCAGACGAGGCCAAAGACUUUGUCUCCAACCUCAUCGUCAAGGACCAGAGGGCCCGGAUGAACGCUGCCCAGUGCCUCGCCCACCCAUGGCUCAACAAUCUGGCAGAGAAAGCCAAGCGCUGUAACCGACGCCUCAAGUCCCAGAUCUUGCUUAAGAAAUACCUCAUGAAGAGGCGCUGGAAGAAAAACUUCAUUGCUGUCAGUGCUGCCAACCGCUUCAAGAAGAUCAGCAGCUCAGGGGCACUGAUGGCUCUGGGGGUCUGAGCCCCAGGAGCAGCUGAGGCCUGGACGCAGCCACACAGUGGCCGGGGCUGAGGCCACACAGCCCAGAAGGCCGGAGCAGACGGGCCAGAUCGCCGGGGCUGACUGGCCAGGACAAGGUUGCACCAGGCUGGGAGGCUCGGGGCUCCCAUGCCCCCGUGCAGUGACUGCUUCCCCGACGUGAGCUGCCUCGGAUAUGGCCUGACUCCAUCCUGCUAAUGCCUCCCCAGACAGGGCUCCGGCCCAUCAGCCACAGCCCAGAUGCCACGGGCCCUGCUGAGACGCCACCCGGCUCACCUUCUUGGAACUGCUGCUCUGGUGACC